AUAGAAAAUACAUUGUAUUCUCCACUUUAUUUUUUAUAGUGUCAUUGGAUGUGUGACAACAACAUUAUAGUCACGGCUGUUUCAGAAAUCAAUGUCACUUUUUUUUUUCAACUUUGCCCCGGAAAUGUUUUGGGAUUUAUUGCUAGCCUUUUUGGGAGUUUUUAUGUUCCUAGUUGUUAGCGUAUGCCACAUUAGAAUGUCAAUGGCCGAUAAAAUACUCUAAUUCACUGAUCAAUGAAGCCGUUGGUCAGCAAUGGCUGUCGUGUCGUGGAUGGAGAUCUUGCUUUUGACUGGACUGGUGGUGGGGUGUUACUGGAACAGCCUGUCCUGCGGCUUUGUGUUCGAUGAUGUCUCAGCCAUCCUGGACAACAAGGACCUGCGGCCUGCCACCCCUCUCCGCAACCUCUUCCUCAAUGACUUCUGGGGCACGCCCAUGGCUGAGGAGCGGAGCCACAAAUCGUACCGGCCCCUGACAGUGCUCACCUUCCGUCUGAACUAUUUCUUCAGUGAGCUGAGUUCUGCAUCCUACCACCUGCUCAACGUGGGGCUGCAUUCUGUGGUGUGUGUGCUUUUUCUGAGGUUCUGCCGUCUGUUCUUGGACAAGACCUCCAGCCUGGUUGCGGCCCUGCUGUUCGCUGUCCACCCCAUCCACACAGAGGCCGUGACUGGUGUCGUAGGAAGAGCGGAGCUCCUGUCCUCCAUCUUCCUCCUGGCGGCGUUCCUGGCCUACACCAGAUCUAAUGGAGCUGACCAAUCCAUCGUGUGGACUCCCAUUGCUGUGACUGUUGUUCUGGUGGCUGCAGCCACUUUAUGCAAGGAGCAAGGCAUCACAGUCAUCGCCAUCUGCUGUGUCCACGAGGUGUUUGUUGCACAAGGGUUCACACUGCCCAUGCUGUUGGAUACACUCCUCCAGGUGCUGAGGGGUAAAGAUGGUUUCCCCUAUGCUGUCCUUCAGACGCUCCUCAAGCUCAUCGUCCUCAUCAUCAGCACCUUGCUGCUGGUCAUCAUCAGGGUCCAGGUCAUCCAAUCACAGCUUCCUGUUUUUACCAGGUUUGACAACCCCGCGGCUGUCAGCCCGACUCCGGCCCGGCAGCUGACCUUCAACUACCUGCUGCCAUUGAAUGCCUGGCUCCUUCUGAACCCCUCGGAGCUCUGCUGUGAUUGGACCAUGGGUACCAUUCCUCUGGUGGAAAGCCCUCUAGACCUGAGGAACCUGGCCACCCUGGCCUUCUACAGCCUGCUGGGCCUGCUGGCCUUCCACAGCCUCCGCCACUCACACUCUUCCGCCAAGACUGUCCUCAUGGCCCUGUCUUUGAUUGUUCUCCCCUUCAUCCCAGCCUCCAACCUCUUCUUCCCUGUGGGCUUUGUGGUGGCAGAGAGGGUGCUCUAUGUGCCCAGUAUGGGAUUCUGUGUCCUCGUGGCACAUGGCUUCAGGAUUGUUUCCCAUAAGAGACACUUGAGGAAGAUCUCCUGGCUGAUGAUUGGAGUCCUCCUCGCCACACACGCAGUCAAGACCUUCAACAGAAACUGGGACUGGGAAUCUGAAUAUACACUGUUUACCUCAGCCCUAAAAGUCAACAAGAACAACGCCAAGCUAUGGAAUAAUGUUGGUCAUGCUCUGGAAAAUCAAAACAAUUACGAAAAAGCUCUGAGAUAUUUCCUUCAGGCCACCCGGGUCCAACCAGAUGACAUUGGAGCCCAUAUGAAUGUGGGAAGGACCUACAAGAACCUGAAUAAGUCCAAGGAGGCUGAGGACGCCUACCUGGUUGCCAAAUCCCUCAUGCCACAGAUCAUUCCAGGGAAGAAGUACGCCACCCGUGUGGCGCCCAACCACCUGAACGUGUACAUUAACCUGGCCAACCUGAUCCGUACCAACGACUCACGGCUGGAGGAGGCUGACCAGCUCUACAGACAGGCCAUCAGCAUGAGGCCCGACUUCAAACAAGCCUAUAUCAGCAGAGGGGAGCUACUGCUGAAGAUGAACAAGCCGUUGGAGGCCAGGGACGCCUACCUGCGGGCCCUGGAGCUGGACAGCACCAACGCUGACCUCUGGUACAACCUUGCUAUCGUCAACAUCGAGAUGAAGGAGCCCUCAGAGGCCCUGAAGAAUUUUAACCAUGCCCUGGAGCUCAACCCACGCCACAAACUGGCACUCUUCAACUCUGCCCUGCUCAUGCAGGAAUCUGGUGAGCCCAGGUUCCGUCCGGAGGCCAAUCGUCGUUUCCUGACCUACGUCCAGGAGGAGCCAGAUGACGCCAACGGCUACUUCAACCUGGGCAUGCUGGCCAUGGACGCCAACGAGAACACUGCGGCCGAGCGCUGGAUGAGGGAGGCCAUCCGUCUACAGACAGGCUUCCGUAGCGCCCUCUUCAAUCUGGCCCUGCUCUACUCGCAGUCCCGACGGGAGCUGGAUGCCCUGCCUGUAUUAGAUGAGCUGCUACGCCACCAUCCAGAGCAUGUUAAAGGUUUGAUUCUCAAGGGGGAUAUACUGAUGAACCACAAGAAGGACACCCAGGGGGCCAAGGUCUGCUUCCAGAGAAUCCUCAGUAUGGACCCCACCAACGUGCAGGGGAAACACAACCUAUGUGUGGUCUACUUUGAGGAGCGAGACCUGCCGAGAGCGGAGCGGUGCCUGGAGGAAACGCUGGCCCUGGCACCCCAUGAGGAGUAUGUGCGUCGCCACCUGGGCAUCGUGCGCGGUAAGAUGGCCGCCAUGUCCGUGGCAGGGCAGCCGCUGAGCCCAGCGUCAGCAGAGGGCGCAGCUACGCCAUCCAUGAAGGAGGAAAAGAAGGGGGGAGGAGGAAAGGAAGAGGAGGAAGGGAGGGGAGCCACUGGCAGUGCUGGGGCCGGGAGUAAGAAGAAUGUACGGAAAUCCUUCUCGGCAGAAAGCCUCAGUGGCAACAGCCAGUCAGAGCUUCUUGACGACGGCCAGGCUGAUAAGCAGCAGCGGACUAAGAGCAAAUCCACAAAAGAGAUUAAAGACAUAGAAAAGAAACGGGCGGCUGCCUUGAAGAGACUGGAGGAGAUUGAGCGCAUAUUAAGCGGUGAUUAACCUUGUUAUUUACCGCAGUGCAGGACUACUUUUUGGUAGAGCUAGUUACAGCUCCUGAAUCACAGAUGUGAUGCGUCCCAAAUGGCACCCUAUUCCCUAUAUCAGCAGGCAAGGCCUCUUGCACCACUUUUGCCCAGGGCCCAUAGGGUAGUAGCCCAUAGUAGUGCACUAUAUAAUAAUUAGGGUGGCAUUUCGGACACAGCCAUAAAGAUGUUUUGGUUUUCAUAAACAAAUGCCCUAAUUUCAUCAUGCAUGCUUUAACUCCUUUGAUUGUUCGUUUGUUUUCUUUAUCAUGUUUACAGGCUGCCCUACCUGCUGCGUUCCCUUACAGGUUGCCCUACCUGCUGUGUCCCUUUUAUUUUAACACCAUUGCAAAAAUCCAGAAGGGAUUUUUUUUUUGCACAGCACAAGAAAAGCACAGUUUUUUUAAAAUCUUCACUACAGGUGCAAAACCCUAUGUGUUGGUUUUUUCUGAAUGGCAUUUUAUCGUAUGCUAAUUAUUUAUGCUUGUUUGAUUUGCUACGUUUACUAGCCUACUUGUUGAUCACUGGAUUUUAUUAGAUUUUUGUGUAACUCACUCACUUUUUUUUUUUAAAGAAUGAUUGCAUCACAAACAAUUAAAGGAAAUGACAUAAAGGAAAUUACAUACAGAACACCUCAUGGCCCACUACAGGCAGGCAGGAUCUCUGUAUGUUGUAUGCAUCUCCAAAUAACCCAUUACUACAGCUGCUGCACCUGCAUAUUAUACUACAUUACACUCCACGGUGCAGACAGACCGCCUCCUCUGACAUCUUCCAUUUACUAUUUUCCCUUAUUGAUCUCACCCUGUGCUUCCUGAUUUCCAUGCCGUCAGUGUUGCUCUGCUCAUAGCACAGCCCUUAUCUUACAGUGAUGCCAUUCGGAGCUGUUGUCUCAUAUUCAACCCCCACACACACACCUACCCACACACACCAACCGACCCGCUACAAGACAGGUGUAUGGUUUCCUGUUUGUUGCCUCAGAGCAUAUUAGUCUUCACGUAUCAUACUGUAUAUCUUAUUUCAGUAAUAAAAUCAUUAUUUGUGUGAGGAUUGACAUAUGCUCCCCCCUCCUCAACCCUCUCUCCCCUCCUCCACCCUCUUCACCUCUUUCCUCACCCCUCCCAUGUUCUUCCUCAAGCUGUGUGCCAUGUGUUGUUUCUCAUUUACACCAGAAGAUUCCUCUCUCAAUGAGAGAUGAUUUCACAGCACACUUCUUGUACUGAACUAAGCCCAUUUUUUCAAAAGCAUUUUAAGGCUAAGUUCCUUAGAACAAGAGUAAAAGAAAGAGGAUUCUAUCUCCCUCUGUAGCUCACAUCAUUGACCUUUUUCUCUCUCUCGCGCACACUUUCGCCCUCUUUCUCGCUUUCUCUCUCUCCAUCUCAUGAACAUCAAGUCUAACACAUAUAGUGAAUGUAAUAAAUAUCACUAGAUUUUCCCACACUCGUCUUGCUCUUGCGCUCAUCUGCAACCAUCUGAAUAAUGUUUUUUCAACAUUGGAUUGCGCUACCGUUUGAUGCUAUCUUGAUUUUCUUUGGCUGUCAUUCUCUUGGACACGAAGAUUGUCGUUGAGUUGGAACUACCUGGAAUGUCAUGAGGAAACAAAAAGCGAUUAUUCCAGCCUAUUGUUGUUUAGCUUUUAUCACCUUAUAUAACCCCUCAGUGUACUGUGAUGUUUUGUAUCCUGGUGAUUAGUUACAUACAGAUUCUGUCAUGUGCAGUGUCAAUCUGUUCCUUUCUCUUCACACUAACUAAAUGGUGACUGUGUGUCCAUCUGUUCAUCAACCAUUUCUGUCCGUAACCAUUACUCAAAUGGAAAAUGUGGUAACAACAUAAAUGAGAAACAUUGUCAGUGUAAUAUGAUGGUUGGCCUGGGGCCUACGCCACAGGUAUGACCCCUUAACUCUAAAAGCAUUUUCAACAUGAUAAUUCAUUACUUAUCAUUGAGCUCCUAAAAAAACAACGUAUUGUGCUAGUUAGUGUGUGUACAGAUGCAUGUACAUUUUUUACAUGCACUGUAAGCUCUAAGUACUGUCGUUGUUUGCCACUUGAAAUAUAUGGUACGUUUAGCAUAGCUAUCUUUUAUCAUGCAAUACAAGUGCUCUGAAAGUGUUACAAUUGUAAUCAAUCAAGAGUGUUGAAAACAUACCUUUAAAGAACUGUCUCGCCUGUAAUGAUAUCAGUUGUACAGAGCACAUUAGUCAAUCAGCCACUAAGAUAGCCAACUAACAUUUCAAAUAUUUUUAAUCACCAUAUUUAUCACUUUGGUCCUACAUAUGUUCACCUGUAAUUUAAUUGAUACAUUAAUCAUUUUUCAUUGAACUACAUUCUUUUGUAUGGUAACCAAAAACACUUACAUUUUGAAAGCUAUAUCCCUUUUUGUAAUAGCAGCCCAGAUGUUGUGUUGACUCCUGGGUGGGUGAUGGUAGUGGAGGGUUCAGGGUUGUGUUGACUCCUGGGUGGGUGAUGGUAGUGGAGGGUUCAGGGUUGUGUUGACUCCUGGGUGGGUGAUGGUAGUGGAGGGUUCAGGGUUGUGUUGACUCCUGGGUGGGUGAUGGUAGUGGAGGGUUCAGGGUUGUGUUGACUCCUGGGUGGGUGAUGGUAGUGGAGGGUUCAGGGUUGUGUUGACUCCUGGGUGGGUGAUGGUAGUGGAGGGUUCAGGGUUGUGUUGACUCCUGGGUGGGUGAUGGUAGUGGAGGGUUCAGGGUUGUGUUGACUCCUGGGUGGGUGAUGGUAGUGGAGGGUUCAGGGUUGUGUUGACUCCUGGGUGGGUGAUGGUAGUGGAGGGUUCAGGGUUGUGUUGACUCCUGGGUGGGUGAUGGUAGUGGAGGGUUCAGGGUUGUGGUUUUCAUAAUAAAGGCUGUUUACUUUACGACUGCAUCUCACCUCUACAUGUGUAAUUUUUUGGUAACAGCUUGUCUCCCUAGGCAGACCAGUUGCCUUCCACAUUAAGAAUGUUCCGGCAUACCUAGGUCUGGGGUUUCUGAAACUAGCUAACAGGAUGUGCUACAGAUGGACUGAGGUAUAAAAAAAAAUGUAUUGUCACAUUACACCAGUGGUAGCACCAGGGAAUUCUCACUGCCUAGACCUGCCUCCUCUGACAACUUGGUCAUUGAGUAGGGGUGGUUGCAAUCUAUGAUGUAUUAUGCAUGCAUGUAGUAAUACAUUCUUCUUGGGAGUGCUAGACAUAUUCCUGAGGGAGCUUCAUCUCCUAGCAGGUCUCCUGGAGCCACCCAUGCACUACACAGGCCUAGUCCAGAAACAUCUCCUAGCAGGCCUCUCCCUGGAGCCACCCAUGCACUACACAGGCCUAGUCCAGAAACAUCUCCUAGCAGGCCUCUCCCUGGAGCCACCCAUGCACUACACAGGCCUAGUCCAGAAACAACUCCUAGCAGGCCUCUCCCUGGAGCCACCCAUGCACUACACAGGCCUAGUCCAGAAACAUCUCCUAGCAGGCCUCUCCCUGGAGCCACCCAUGCACUACACAGGCCUAGUCCAGAAACAACUCCUAGCAGGCCUCUCCCUGGAGCCACCCAUGCACUACACAGGCCUAG